UGACCAAUGAUCUCGUACAUAAUAUUCAAUCUUAUGUACACAUUAUUCCACCACAUCAACUUCGGUCAAUAUAAAAUAAAUAAUACUCGGUAAUAAUAUAAAAGUCAAAGCUACUAACCUUGUAUACUUGUUAAAAAAAAAAAAACAGUAAAAAUAAAAAAAAUCCAGACUAGGUGUAAGAAAAAAAAAAAAAAAAAACUGAUCGUUGAUAUUAUUUAGAUCUGACGGUUAAUAUUACUUAUUUCAUUAAUCUUCCUUUUCUUUUUUUCCCCCUUCGGAGCUUCUUACUUAUACAGUUAUACGCUGCACCCCCUCUUUCUCUCUCCUCCAUUGAAGCGCACUCUGAGUUCUCCAUUGAAGCGGCUUCUCAGCUUUCUUUCCUCCAUUGAACCAGUUUCCGAGGACACCAAUUAUUGAGAGUGGACUCUUUGAAAUUCUCACCCUUUUUUGGAGUAUAAAUGGCUUCUUUAUUCAAGGAUUUAAAUAAGCUCUCGGCGUACCGAGAUAGAAGGUUUCCUGGAUCUCAAGAAGAAUUUGAGGAAGCACUCAAGAACUCAACGACUGUCUAUAUUGGAAACAUGUCUUUCUAUACAACAGAAGAGCAAGUUUAUGAGCUAUUUUCUCGGGUUGGAGAGAUUAAAAAGAUGAUUAUGGGUUUGGAUAAGAAUUCGAAAACUCCUUGUGGUUUUUGUUUUGUAUUAUAUUACUCCCGAGAAGAUACUGAAGAUGCUGUGAAGUAUAUAAGUGGUACAAUUCUUGAUGAUCGCCCUAUUCGUGUGGACUUUGACUGGGGUUUUCAAGAGGGCAGGCAAUGGGGACGUGGUCGAAGUGGUGGUCAGGUGCGGGAUGAAUAUCGUACUGACUAUGAUCCUGGUAGGGGUGGUUAUGGAAAAUUGGUCCAGAGAGAGCUUGAGGUGCAGAGGACACUUGUGGAUUAUGGUGCUGGAGCUCUGGGAGCUUUUCAGCCUGUUAUGCCAUCUAACAACUAUGGUAGAAAUGACAGAAGUCAUGGUCAUGGAGGCUCCUACCGGCAUGGCAGAGAUUUCCAACGGAAGCGACACCGUGAGGAUGAUCGUCAUCCUGUUGACGUGCCAAAGAGAAGUGAGCAUGAACCACGUAGGAACGUCGACCAUGAAUCUAGACCGGAGAAAAAUCCACGUUUCCGUGAAAGUGGAGACUCCGAUGAAGAUGAAGAUGAAGACCGGAAGCGUCGUACUUAGGCAAACUAGGUAAUAGCUGAAAGCAUUGUUGAUGACGAUUCAAGCUCAAGAGUGUUUAGAUUGCAAUUUAACUGUAACUUCUGUUAUUUUGAUAGUUUAUCUUUUAAAUGUUGUACAUCGGUUUAGGUUUGAAGAUACCAAAAAUGUGUUCAUGCAGCCUCUGAGUGUUGAAAGGUGCAACACUCUUGAUAUGAGCAUGUGAAUUUUUUCAUUGCAAAAUCUUAUGUCUCAAUGCUGUUAUUGAAUUUAUUUAUGUUAUGGACUAAGAAGAAAGUUCGUUAUGAA